GGUAAAGUUCCUUGAAGUUAGAUUAGAUCCUUACGUUACGUACAUUACAUUUCUUCUAACAAUUUCCCAUUUCCCUGCAAUCUAGGGUUCUUCUUCGAAUAUACCCUUUCGUAUUUCAAAUCUUUGCAUUUUUUUCUUCAUUUAAUUUAGUUUUUUUUUUCUCGUCACAGUUUAUCUAGUUGGAUCUAUUUGAAUAAGGGUUUUAAUUCGAGAUCUUCAUUGUGAUUUUUGUCGAUAAAAUCCACCAUGACUGUUGCUGAUUCGGAUUUUCCGAUUGAUAAUGGCGCGAGUUGCUUACCGAUUCCACCGGAAGAAGAAAAACGGAUCGUGUCUGAGUUGAUUAAGAAAUCGGAACUUAAUUUGAAAGAGGGCAAUUUGUACUACGUUAUUUCCAAUAGAUGGUUUUCAAGAUGGCAGAUGUAUGUGGGGCAUUGUCCUGGAAUGCUUUCCACCGAUCAGCAAUCUUCUGAUGGCCUGCAUGCCGACACCGUUAGACCUGGUCCAAUUGAUAAUUCUGAUAUUAUUUCAAAUGGAAGUAAUUGUGACGGGAAUGAUUUAGAUAUUCAUCGAACAUUGCAAGAGGAGACAGACUAUGUUUUAGUUCCUCAAGAAGUAUGGGAAAGGCUGUUGGAAUGGUACAAAGGUGGACCAGAAUUGCCAAGAAAGUUGAUUUCUCAGGGUGUUGGACAGAAGCAGUACAGUAUUGAGGUGUACCCACUUAGUCUAAAGGUGACUGAUGCGAGAGACAACAGUGUUUCAAUUGUAAAAUUAAGCAAAAAGGCUACCAUGAGUGAACUUUAUGAGUUGGUGUGCAAAGUUAAAGGAGUAGAACAGAACAAGGCUUGUAUUUGGGAUUACUUCAAUUUGAAAAAGCAUACAUUACUGACGGCUUCAGACCACCAGACAUUGGAGGAUGCAAACAUGACAAUGGACCAUGAUAUUCUUCUAGAAGUUUCAGUCGAUACAGAUCGUUCUUCUCAUUCUGGUGUGCAUUCAAUAGGAAAUGAGUUAGCAUUGGUACCAUUAGAACCUCCAAGAUCAUCUGUGUCAAUUGCAGGGGGACCUACCUUGUCAAAUGGUCACUCAACUGGGUCUGGUUUUAAUUUGUAUCAGGGAAGUUCUGUAAGUUCAUCAUUGACUACCAUGGAUGAUAACUAUGACAUAUAUAGAGGUGAAAGAGGUGGUUUAGCAGGUCUGCAGAACUUGGGGAAUACCUGCUUUAUGAAUAGCGCUCUUCAAUGUUUAGUCCACACUCCACCACUUGUUGAAUUUUUCUUACAAGAUUACAACGAUGAGAUCAACAGGGACAAUCCUUUAGGAAUGAGUGGUGAGUUAGCACUUGCAUUUGGUGACUUGUUGAGGAAACUCUGGUCCUCUGGGCGAACUGCAAUUGCACCACGCGCGUUCAAGGGAAAGCUGGCCCGAUUUGCUCCACAAUUCAGUGGUUAUAACCAACAUGAUUCUCAAGAAUUGCUUGCCUUUUUAUUGGAUGGACUGCAUGAAGAUUUGAAUCGUGUGAAACAAAAGCCUUACAUUGAAAUGAAGGACUCAGAUAAUAGGCCAGAUGAGGAAGUUGCGUACGAGUGUUGGAAAAAUCAUAUGGCUCGGAAUGAUUCAUUGAUUGUUGAUGAAUGCCAGGGUCAAUACAAAUCAACAUUGGUUUGUCCUGAAUGUGGCAAAAUUUCAAUUACUUUUGAUCCCUUUAUGUAUUUAUCAUUACCACUUCCUUCAACUGUCACCCGGGCAAUGACAGUUACUGUCUUUUAUUGUGAUGGGAGUGGUCUUCCCAUGCCGUACACAGUGAAUGUUCUGAAGCAUGGUUGCUGCAGAGAUCUUUGCCAAGCAUUGGGCACUGCAUGCUGUUUGAAGAGUGAUGAAAUGCUUUUGCUUGCAGAGGUUUAUGAGAAUAAGAUUUAUCGAUAUCUAGAGAAUCCGUUAGAGUCAUUGACUUCUAUCAAGGAUGAAGAACAUAUUGUGGCCUAUCGACUCAAGAAUGGAGCCAGGAAAACAAAACUAGAAAUAUUGCAUCGAUGUCCGGAUAAUGUGAAGGGUGGAGACAGGAAGAUCUUUGGAACUCCCUUGGUUACUUAUUUGGUAGAAGAUCCUCAAUAUGGAGCAAACAUUGAGGCAUAUGUACAUAGGAUGUUGGCACCUUUAGGAAAAGCACAUUCUUCAACUAGGUCUCAUGAAGGGAAGGAAAAUGGUUUCAUCUCAGGUGGUAGUGAUGAGCAAUCAAGCAUCUCUAAUUCUGAAAGUGAACCAAGAAACCUGACACAUGGCUCCAGAGAACUGGAGGGGACAUCCUGUGGGGAUUCAUCUUUCCAACUUGCUUUAACUAAUGAUGGAUGUUUUAGCUGUGAGCCCAUUGAAAAGGCAUCUGUGAUAAAACCCAGUGCACAUAUAAAGGUUUUUCUUGACUGGACUGAGAGAGAAUAUGAAUUAUAUGAUGCCAGCUAUCUGAGAGAUCUUCCCGAAGUCCACAAAACCGGUUUCACUGUAAAAAAAACCCGCCAAGAAGCUAUUUCUUUGUUUUCAUGCUUGGAGGCAUUCUUGACUGAAGAACCUCUAGGACCAGAUGACAUGUGGUACUGCCCUCAAUGCAAGGAACACAGACAGGCUACCAAGAAACUGGACUUGUGGAAAUUGCCAGAGAUUCUGGUUUUUCACUUAAAACGAUUCUCAUAUAGCAGAUACUUGAAAAACAAACUUGACACCUUUGUCAACUUUCCUAUUCACAAUCUUGAUUUGACCAAGUAUGUGAAGAAUAAGGAAGGACAACCCUAUGUCUAUAACCUUUAUGCAAUCAGCAACCAUUAUGGUGGUCUAGGUGGUGGGCAUUACACUGCAUAUGCUAAGCUGAUUGAUGAUAAUAAGUGGUACCAUUUUGAUGACAGUCAUGUCAGUCCUGUUAGUGAAGCUGAAAUUAAAUCUUCGGCUGCAUAUGUGUUAUUUUAUCAGAGAGUUGGAAGUAAAAGCCAGAUGGAAGGAGAGACGUCUUAGGUUCAUGCAUGUUGUUGUAGAAAAUGAUGGGUUAUUUGUUGUAUGAUGCCUGGAUCAUAUGAUGAAAUACAAUUUGGAGUUUAAGUUCUGGAUGGCCAUUUUACUUUGCAGUGCAAAACAGCAAAAUAUGAAGACAGACUGUUUUAACAGCAAUUAAUCAAAAUGUUAUAGGUGAGGCCCUAGAAAACCUGUUCAUUUGGGAGUUUUGGUUGGAGGUUAAUAUUACAUGAUAUCAUUUUUUGACAGAAAUUUUGCAGCCUAGAACAGAACUAUGUUGGUUCUUCUGUAUUUCAUUUUAUCAGAGGCUAAAAUAGAUCAUCCUGAAUUCAUCAUCAUUGCCGUUACAGUUUUAUGCACCUUAAUGUACUAAUAGGCAAUGCUUGUGUUUGUGAAAGAAUUUGUUCUGCAUAAACUGUCCCAAUUACAUAAAAUGUGUGGAGAUGGUGGUAAACAGUUGAUCAUAUUUAUUUAUUUAUUAAAUAAUGGCAUUGUUGCCCUUUA